AUGCGUUUCCUUUCCACUCUUCCUGUGCUCCUCGGAGCUGCUUUUGCUCUCNNCCCCUCGCCCGAGAGCAUUCAAGAGCGCGCUACUGGCUCUCUCUCUUCCUGGCUCUCGUCUGAGAACACUGUUGCUCUGCAGGGCGUCCUCAACAACAUCGGUGCGAGUGGCUCGAAGGCUUCUGGUGCUAGUGCUGGUGUUGUGGUUGCUUCUCCUUCGAAGUCGAACCCUGACUACUUCUACACGUGGACCCGUGACUCGGCUCUUGUGUUCAAGGCACUCGUAGACCAGCUUAUUGCUGGCAACAAGUCUUUGGAGCCUCUGAUUCAGCAGUAUAUCAGUGCUCAGGCCAAGCUGCAGACUGUCAACAACCCUAGCGGUGGUCUUUGUUCUGGAGGUCUUGCUGAGCCCAAAUUCGAAGUCGACCUUACACCUUUCACCGGUGCUUGGGGUAGACCUCAGCGCGAUGGUCCCGCUCUCCGUGCGACUGCUAUGAUCGCCUACUCCCGCUACCUCAUCGUGAGUUCGGCAUCUGAAAUCUUCAGACGACAUGCUUAUCCUUCUUACAGNGCCAAUGGUAACACUACGACUGUUAACAACAUCAUCUGGCCUAUCGUGCAGAAUGACUUGUCAUACGUGACCCAGUACUGGAACCAGACUACCUUCGACUUGUGGGAAGAGAUCAACAGCUCUUCCUUCUUCACCACUGCUGUACAGUACCGUGCUCUUGUCGAGGGCAACAACCUUGCCACUCAGCUCGGAAAGUCGUGCCCCAACUGUGUUUCUCAGGCUCCUCUGGUUCUUUGUUUCCUCCAGUCUUACUGGACUGGCUCUUACGCUCUGUCCAACACUGGAGGUGGUAGAUCUGGCAAAGACGCAAACUCGAUCCUUACCAGCAUCCACGUCUUCGACCCUGCUGCUUCUUGCGAUUCGACCACUUUCCAACCCUGCAGUGACAAGGCUCUUGCCAACCACAAGGUAGUGACUGACUCCUUCCGCUCGAUCUACAGCAUCAACCAGGGUAUUGCUCAAGGCUCUGCUGACCUGAUAGGNUACCUCAACACUUUUGCUGCUGCUGAGCAACUUUAUGAUGCUGUGUAUCAGUGGAAGAAGAUCGGCUCCAUCUCGAUUACUUCGAUCUCUCUCCCUUUCUUCAAGGAUGUCUACUCGUCUGCUGCCGUUGGCACCUACUCAUCUUCGACUGCUACCUUUACUUCUAUCGUCAACGCUGUCCAGACCUACGCUGACAGCUACAUGUCUAUUGCUGUAUGUCUUGCAAACACCUUCAUUUCUGCGUCAUCACUGACCAUUAUAUACAGNCAAAAAUACACUCCCUCCAAUGGAGCACUUUCCGAGCAGUACAACCGUGCCGACGGUACCCCUCUCUCAGCAGUCGACCUGACCUGGUCCUACGCCGCUUUCCUGACUGCCUACAACGCUCGUGCCAAUGUCCUGCCUGCCUCUUGGGGCGCUUCAUCUUUGCCCAACUCCUGCUCCAGCGGCUCGGCCACAGGUNNCCCUUGCGCCGCAGCCACAAACACCAACUGGGGCAACCCCGGCUCUCCCUCGACCGGCACUCCCACCACCACCGGCUCCUGCAGCAGCACUCCCACCUCCAUCGCUGUAACCUUCAACGAGCANAAGACCACCUCCUACGGCGAGAACAUCUACAUUGUUGGCAGCAUCUCAGCACUCGGAAACUGGAACGCAGCUAAUGCUGUCGCACUUUCUGCUUCCAAGUAUACAAGCUCUAACCCUCUGUGGACCGUCACCAUCAACUUUGCCACUGGCACCAGCUUCAGUUACAAGUACAUCAAGAAGGCACAAGAUGGAAGUGUUACUUGGGAGAGUGAUCCUAACAGAUCUUACACUGUUGUUGGUAACUGUGCCGGUACUGCUACUGAGAACGAUAGUUGGAGGUAG